UACAAAGCCCCCACACGACUAAAACACUCUUCUCAAUCCGGUGCCUGUGAAAGCUCUCUUCUCUGGUUUAGUUUCUUUUACCUUCCCAGCCAUCACGUUCUCCACCAAUAUUUAAUCCCCACACACACCACCUCUCUCCAGCCUGCCCGUAUAAUAAUACCCAAUCUUGUUCCUCUCUCUCUGUGCCUGUGCCAUCAGCCAUCAUCUUCUUCCUCCUUGAGCUGAGAGUAGAAGAAGAAGGAGCGGGGGUUCGAAUUGAAUUGAAUUCCACCGACCGGCCCACGCAGCGCCUCUUUCCAUUUACCUCCACCUAUAUAGCGCCCCCUAUUUCCACCCCGCCCUCGCUCUCUCUCACAAGAGUACAGUGCGGUGCGGUGCUUUGCUCGCUCUCCAUAUAAUUAGGCCGGUGCAACACCAGGCGCGCAGCAGCUUUCUCUUCCAACACAGCCAGCCAGCCAGCCAUGCAGGGAGAGUGCUAGAUAGCAGCUAGCUAGAGUUAGGUCGAAGCCACCUGUUGCUUCCUUCUUCUUUACAUACAUAGCUAGCCAGCUUUCUUCUUCUUGAUCGGCAACGGCAGCAGCAGCAGAUAGGAGGAGUUUCUUGUCAGUUUUCGCUCCAGGCAAGCCAGGAAGAACGGGAGACAAGUUUUGGAGGAAGAGAGGAAUUCACAGACUCAGAGUCAGAAGAGAGAUUGCGGCGAUGGCGAGCGGGCGGUUCAUGGAGGAGAUGAUGAGGGAGCACGAGCAGAGCCUGCUGGAGUCGGCCUGCGGCGGGCUCUUCGACCACAUCGACGACCUGCUCGACUUCCCCAAGGACGACUGCGCCGCCGACGUGCUCCUCCUCGACGCGCCCGUGCCCGGGAGCCCGCUCGCGGCGCGCGUCCUCGACGCCUGCGGCCUGCCGCCCGUCAAGCCCGAGCAGCCGGCCUUCCUCGCCCUGCCGCCGCCGCCGCCGACGCAGUCCGCGGCCGGGGUGGAGGAGUCCGCGUUCAUGGCCGCGCUCGGCGACGGCCACAUUGGCUCGUGUGACGUGCUGGACAUGGACAUGGAUUUGGCGCAGCUGGAGUGGCUGUCGGGGCUGCUGGACGACGCGUCCAUCCCGACCGAGCCGGCCUUCGCGGCCUGCGCGCAGCCCAUCAUCAGGGCCUCCGCCCUCAGCGCCAACGCCGGCGUCGUGCUGCCCGACCACACGGAGGAGGACGCGCUCUUCCGCAGCUCCAGCCCCACCUCCGUGCUCGAGGACAGCGCCGGUGGCUUCAACGCCAACAAGAACGGCAACGGGGGCGGCGGCGGCUCCUCGGCCUCCUCCUCGUCCUCCUCCGCGUCGUCCUCCUCGGAGUCCUUCUCCGGGGCCGCGCGCCCCUGGUCGGUGCCCGUCUCGCCGCGCCCGGAGCCGCCCGUGUUCGUCGUCCCGGCGCGCGCGCGCAGCAAGCGCUCCCGCGCGUCCGCGUUCCCCACGGCCAUCCGCGCCGCCGCGCCGCCGCCCGAGGCCACCAUCCUCGUGCCCACGCCCAUGUACUGGCCCACCACCUCGUCCUAUUCCGAGCCAGAGAGCAUCGCGGAGUCCAACAGCUCGCAGCCGCCGGCCAUGAAGAAGAAGAAGAAGGCCAAGAGGCCGGCGCCUCCCGUCACCUCGGACGCCGAGGGCGACGGUGAUGCCGACUACGAGGAAGGCAGCGGCGGCGGCGGCGCCGCGCUCCCGCCGGGCGCCGUGCGGAGGUGCACGCAUUGCCAGAUCGAGAAGACCCCGCAGUGGCGCGCGGGGCCGCUGGGGCCCAAGACGCUCUGCAAUGCCUGCGGCGUACGCUACAAGUCCGGCCGCCUCUUCCCGGAGUACCGCCCCGCGGCCAGCCCCACCUUCGUGCCGGCCGUGCACUCCAACUCCCACAAGAAGGUGGUGGAGAUGCGCCAGAAGGUUGAACCCAAGGGCGACGAUCUCCUGCAGUUCAUCCGUCGCCGGGAUUGAGAGCUCCCUGCCGGCCGGCGACGGUCGGUCUCGUCUCCCUUAGCUACAAUAUAUUAUAUGUAUACAUGCUAGUAUGUAUGCAUGCAUGCUUGCUUCCAGCUAGUCAGUCAGUCCAUCAUCGUCGUCAGUCAUCGCCAUGAACAUGGACAGUGCUCGCCUGCUCGGCAUUGUUUUCAUGAAUGCAUCCACCCACCUUCAUCGCCAUGCAUUGGUUUUCCGUCAGCAUCCGUCCAUCCAUCCACCGCCGGUCAUCCUGGCUGGCGUUAGUUCAAGUAGGGCUUUUCUUUUGGGUUUUAUUUCACCUUUUCUUCUUUGUCUAUUACUUAAUUGGUUCCCCCUAUGAAGAUUUUUUUUCCCGUUUGUAUAGAGGAGGGUGAGGAGGGCAGGAGAAAUAGAUGAAUCAAUCACAGAGUGGUUGUUGCAUUGCAGUUGCUUGCAAGUUAGGUAGGUGAGAAGGAGAGCUGAGCUAGUUGCAGCAGAGGGAGACAGAUUUUAGGAAGGAAACUUUGCAGCUAGGCAGUCAAUUAGGAAAGAGGCUGUGCUCCAAGGGAGAGUGAGAGGUGAAGGAAAUUUGUUGAUUUGCUAAGUUAGAAAGUUUGUGUCAACUAGUAGCCAUCAGGAGGUUCAAGGAGGGGGAUCACCAAUCAUAGUCAGUUUAUAUUGGAGCUUGGUGUACUGAACUCUGAAUAUUCUUUUUGCAGUUCGUCUGUGUCUAGGGAUUUAUAAGUGCUGUUUGGUUUUUAUACUAGUAGUGUCACCUUUGUAUUAGACAUUAAUUACUUUUUCUUUUAUGUUGCUCAUGCCUUGUUGCCUCAACACAAGAUGUGAUCAUCCAAUCAGAGGAAAUAUAAUCCUUUAGCUCUUGCUCA